CCUUACAUUCCUUCCUACCCGCCGACGCUAGCAACUCAACAGUUGCCACCGUCCCCGCUUCCGCCCCCGCCCUCCUUCUCGCCCGUCAGCAACAAGAGCCCCGUCAACUGGUACCCCCCGUAUCCGGGCAAAUCGAUCUACCAAUCGGCCGACUCGGCCUACCCCGGCCCCUACUACCCACCGGGUCGCAAUUACUACAACACCCUCCCACCCCCGGUCUAUCGCGGUCUCUCCGGCCUCGGCUACCCCGGACUCGUCGAUCCGAUCGGCGUCGGCUCGAAUCCGGCAGCCAAUUGGCUCUCGAACAAAAUGUUCAGUGCUUACGGCCGGACGCCGCCUUACUCCGUCAAACAGCCGCCGUCGCCACAGCAACAGUCGCAGUCGAACACGAUUCUCGUGGACGUCGACUAUCUGAACCAUCUAGAGCAUAACCACCAUCACGUCGGCGAUGACGGCCAUAUACACGCUCACGAUCCCAACCAUCCCUACCUGCAUAGGCCGAUGCCCAUCGGCUACGCAACAGGCUCGCCCAGCAACAGGGACUCACAGACACCGUCUCAGGAGCCGAUGAACAUCAGAGCCGGAGAGUCCGAAUGGCGCAGGAGCAGUCUGCGCAUUCAUCCAGGCGAUUUGGAGGUGGAGGAAAUGAACAAUUAG